AUGAGGCUGUACGCGCUCCUUGCCUUCUGCGUGUGCGCACGCGCCGCUACGAUCAACAUCCCAGAGAGAAAGAUCGAUGAUCUUUCUGAUAUCGAUCUAGACAACAUCGUCAGUGAACCAGAACUCGUAGACCAACGUAAUACGGUUAAGGACAUCGACAACACUCUGCGUAAUGCCAUUCCAGUAAAAGUUAUCCAGGAUAAUAAGAAAAUCGACGAGAACUCCAACGAUUACGUGCCCUCGGGUGAUAGCAUCGAUGUGAAACGGGCGCCUAUUGACCUGGAAAACCCAGGACUCCCCCAACGUCAGGAACACGAAACACAGAACCCAGAGAGCUACACUGAUGCACAAAAGGCCGUUUUCACUAUUAAACAGACGAUUGAAGAUACACAGAAAGUCUUCACGCAAGGCCUUAAGAGCAUUUCAGAAAAUUUCAAUAAUUUGUUUGCUAAUAAUGAGAAACUUUCAACCAUUCAACAAAAUAUACAGAACCUUAAGGACUCAUUCAAUGAACAGGUUCUUAAAUUAAACAGUACUAUCAAGUCUUAUAUUAGUCCAGAACAAGUUGAAACAAUCGGCGAAGAAGUCAAAGCAGUAGAGACCCGCCUCAGAGUAUUGGAAAGUAAUUUUGAAACAGGCGUAAACACGUUAUCCGAAGGUGUUGAACUUCUUGCCAUCAUUAAGGAGGAAGAUGAAGCUGCCAAAGCCGAAGGAGACGCCGCCCCUGCCGGAAACCAAAAUGCACAAACACCAAGUUCAACUCAAGCACCAGUAGCACAAAACAACAACCCCGUACUGCAAUUUUUAUACAAUUUCCAGCAAGGGAUGAUAAGCUCAAUCUCUGGUUUAAAUAGCGCUGUCCAAAAUUACUUCAAUCAGGGGCAAAACCAACAAAGUCAAGGUCAGCCACAACAAACUUCCAACCAGCAAGGUGGCUUCGUUGGAGGUCUGUUCCAGGGGAUACAAUUACCGUUUGCACCAAAUACAAAUGGACAACAAAAUGCACAGGCCCAGGGCGAACAAAAGCCUCCAGGCGCGGCGGCAGACACGCCAGCUCAAACUGGAUGGAGGCCCCCAAACAUAAUUCAAACAGUGCAAAACCAAUGGAACAAUCUCGUUAACGGUGGUCAAAACGGUCAGGCACAGCAAACCGGACAAAAUCCUCCGCAAAAUCCAUUAGCACAGGCUUUUCAAAAUAUUGUAAGCGUAUUCCAAAGACCGAAUGGUAACCAGAAUCAACAGCCUACAUCGAAUCAGCCAGCUGGGAACAGCGCCGCGGCACAGCCUUCCGCAGAUGUACCGCAAGGUGUUAACGUAGUUCCAGCAAAUGCAGCACCCCAACAAUCACCACCAGUAGCACAAACGGUUUCUCAAACGCCUGCGCAGCCAGAACAGGCAUCUAACCCAGUGCAACCCGUUGCUGGCCCCAUCCAGCAGCUAGUACAAAACAACCCUAUAAUUAAGGGAAUACAGACUGUAACUAAACGCCUGACCAAUCCAGAAAGGCCCAGGGAUACAUUAGAGCAAAGUUCAGACAGCAAGGGUCACGGAGGAUGGGGCGGUAACAAUAAUAAUUCAGGGGAUACUUCAAACAGCGACAGCGGGUUAAAUGAUAACAAAGAAAGCAUUGAGAAAAUAAAAGAAACACCCGUGAAGUGUGAAAAGGAAGCUGAAAAAAUGUCGGAAGAGAUCUCGCCGGUUGCCGUCAAGACUGAAUAG